GCGAAGCAAGAGGAUCAACAGGCAGCCUGACAAUUUGCUGCUCUCUGUGCUACACACUCAGACUUGUGGAGAGUCUACGAAGAAUGGAAAUUACUUUGGUUACAUUUCGAUCAAGACAACUCACUGUCAUGUGGAUGUACUUCAGUCGACUUCUCUUGUUGAUGCUCUAAACAUGCACAGGUCUCACAGCACAGAGCCCAGGGAGGCUGUCUCGAGAGGAUUAUAAGGACCAAAAAUGAAAACAACUUUUUUCCUUAUAGAGGAGAAACGUCUGCAAAGAUGAACCCAGAAUCUCUCGACUCGUCCAUCCAGGGUGCGCUCUCGGCCCUCUUCCCACCUUUCGAUGCCACAGCACCCGUCGUACUCAGCCAGCUGUUUCGCACCAUUGAGGAACGUUACCACGGCGAUGCGUUACACUGUCUGCUGGACUUCCUCAUCCCAUCCAAACACUUACUGGAGAGUGUCCAACAGGCAGCAUGUGCUGGAUACUCUGAUGUGGUUUUCCGCUGUGAGGGCUGGCCUCUGUGUCUCCAUGACAAAACCGUCAUCCAGUUAGCACCCGUGAACCCUUUGCUGCUGCGUCCCGGAGACUUCUAUCUACAGGUGGAGCCUUUCGGGGACCAAGCGGCUCGCGUUGUCCUCAAAAGUCUUCUGGAGGAGGGUUGUCGAGAAGUGGAGGAGACACCCGUCCCUGAGACUUCCUACCCUUGCAUCUUCACUGAGGAAUGGCUGCAGGGCAUCAAUGAAGGGCGCCAAGGGACACCUCUGUCACGCUGCUUGCUUUGCACAGAUCAAGGAGUAAUCAAGUUGCCCUGGGCUAAAAUUGCCAUCCCAGAGUUUUUAAACAAGCCCAAGAUCAUGCCUACUUAUCGGGAAGCUCCUCCCGAGCCAAAACAGAUCUCAGUCCCCUCCCGUUUUAACUCCUCCACCCUGCCGAUGGAAGCCAUUUUAGGUCCUGCAAAAGACAGAAUGCCAGCAUCUUUGAGAUCUGUGGACUACUCCUCUAAACUUGUCAAAAUGGAUCAUGAAAGACGAACCUCCAAAUCAUGCUCCAGACCUUUAAUCAAACCUGUUGGUUGGGUUUCUCCUAAUACCUGGGACAGUCGUAACUAUCGGGAGAUUGAGGGUGAUUAUGUAGAGCUGGUGGAUAUUGCCGCAGGCAAGGAGUUUGUGGAUAAACAGAGAAGCAGCCAUCCGCAUCCACCUAAUUCAGUUUUGUUCAAACCCGUCAGACCACCGCCACCGGUACCACUUGGGAAUAGUGUUCCCUGUGGACGCACCCUUCAGUUUGCAGAGGAGCCUUGUACACCAUGCAGCCAGAUGGUGCAUGAUUCCACUGAUCAAGACUUGAAGUGUAGGUACAGAGACUCGUACGUGGCAGCACUGAGAAACCCAGUCGCUUUUGAGAGGGGCAGUGCAGACCACCUGAUUGCCCUGGAGGAGGUCGCCCUUUGUGAGGACGGAGAGUCAAGAGCCAAGGGUGCAUUUGAAGCUCAAAAAGACAAACUUGGAAACUUUUGUAACCACUGUAAUAAACCUGUGAUAAGAAACGAGCUCUGCCAAUACAGACACUGCUGUGAACCGACACCGGAAAGCUUCGUAUCUCACCUCAAAGACCUUCCUACGAGUUCUGAGUCAGAAAAUCUCAUGAAGGAAUCACCGAUGAUUUUGAAAUCAACGCCUGGUUUGAGCCAGAGUCACAAGGUUCAGAUGAAACUUAUUUCCCACCAAUCAGGACAAAAUGCUGGUGUGCAUGCAGGUUCAGAUGGCGACAUUAAACCACCACAGAAGGUGGAGGUUGUGGAACCAUCAGGGAAACACAAAGUCAAAGUUAGGUCUCUGUCCACUGUGUCAGAGACUUCUAAAGGGAGUCCACUUCUCUAUAAAGUCAACAACAGGAGCCACAGUGAUAUCUGCCCUGAAACAAUCACCAGCAUAAUGCAGUGUAAGAAAGCUGAUCUUUUGGAUCAGGUGACUUUAAAGCUGGAAAGACUGAAGUCCCUUAAAAAAGACUCCCAGUCAAGUAGGAGUGAAACUCCCUCCACCGCAGAUGGAUCAGACUCUAAACUCCAUAACUCAAAGAUAGAAAAGCCAUAUCCUGCACAAGUUCAACUUCUAUCUGCAAGUUCUGACGCUCCACAGCCUCCACAAACCGAGGAAUCAGGUUACAGAGGCAUUGGUGGGAUGCUUGAACUGGGAAUUAUUUGUUUGCCAGGCAGCAGGGACAGGACAGGCAGGGCAGUCGUUGAGGUCCAUGGUGGCAGAAAGGAGUGGACAUCCUCUCUCGUGUCAGUCCAGAGUGUCUGUGAACUACUGCUCUACUUACACUCCAUACCAAGGAAAGAAGUUCGAGAGCUGGGAAUGACUUUGGUCAUCAAUGCCAGGAAGAAGUCUCCUUCACUUCACCUCUACAAAGCUCUGCUGAUGGCCCAGGAGCAAGCUCUCCAUGCUGUCCACAGUAUCGUGAUGCUGGUGGAAAAAGACACUUGUCCUCGACCUGAAAAACAGCCGGGGUUACAGAUGGACAUGGUGACUUCUAUGAAAGCCCUAAACAAGACAGUUGAAGCUUCUCAGCUGACCUCUGACCUGGGAGGCACCUUUACUUACAGUCAUACCGACUGGCUGCAGUUCCAUCAGAGACUGGUUUCCUUCUUGGUUGAGCUGCAAGGGGCAGACAGCUUGUUGCAGAAGGCCAUCAAGAAAGUGGAUGGCAGCAAGAAGACAGACUCUGCCGAGGAUGUGCAGCAAUGCAUUCAGGAACAGAAGGCCGCAAUGAAAGAGGUGCUGGAAGACACUCGACUGGUUACUCUGCAAAGAGAAGGAGGGGCCAUUCUUGCCAGAAUGAGGAGAGAGGAGUUCAGAUUUCCACAGUCUGAGGACUACAGAGAUGCUCUGGAGUCAGUGACAAGUCUGUACAACCAGGUGGAGGAGAAGCUCCACAUUCUGGUGAUGAGAUCAAAUGAGUCACUGCAGCACCUCGAGUUCCUCUUCAGGCUCAGAGAGAUGGAGGGCAAAGUUAGCACGGCUGGGAUGUGGUUUAAUGCAGAAGGCGAACAGAGACUGAAGGACUCUUACACAACAGACGAUACCCUUGUGUGCACUGAAAAGGCCUUGCAGCACUUUGAUGUGUUUCUCGCUCAGACUAAGGACAAACAACAGUGCGCCUUGAGCCUAGUGAUGGAGGCAAAGGCAGUUGUUGGCACAAGCGAUCCCAGUCCUGCAACAGAUGUUUUUCGUACUCUGGUCAGCACCUUCAAAUCCAAUAUGGAUGACUUUAUGUUGCGGGCAGAACAAAGGCACAAAGAACUGGACACACUGAUGUAUGUGCACUGCUUCUGUGAACAGGCAUCUGCCCUGGCCAAGGAAUGCAGUCAUUUUUUGGAGCAGGUAGAGCAGGGGUGUUACCCAGCUCAGACCCUGAGAACACUGCAGAUGUAUGAAGAAAGAUUAGGUGGCGAAUUCUCCACCCCACACUUCCAGGCUCUGAAAGCUAAGGCCUGUGCCGUGGGAUCAGGGGCCUCGGGGGUGAUGAGAGUGUGGAAUGCAGCCUGGGUCCAGUGCCAAGAAGUUGGGCAGCGUCUGAAGGAGAUGCAAAAGAAAGAGAAAGGAGUAGAUAAGAUCCAGAUCCUGCAGAUCACAGCUGCAAACCCUCAAGGGGAAGAUGGAGAAAUGGAGGAGGAGGAGAAAAGGAGUGAGGUGGGGGAGGAUGAAUGCUCCCUGACCCAGCAGCUGACCUCUCAGAAAGAGGCAGUCAACAUCUCAGAAAGUGAGGGAGAAAGCACCACUGCGGAAUGCUUUAACCAUUAUUUAAAACCUGACUUGAAAGGAGAAUCUCAAGUGCAGGAAUUAUCUGAAGCAGCAGUUAAAACUGAGAAAAUUACAAAUUGUUUUCCACAAAACAUUGACUGUUUUCCAGAAACCAAGCAGAGGCCAAGAGAUCACCACAGUGAGGCAGAUCUGAGGAGCACACACUCAGUUGAAGGGGGCGCCGAUUUUCCAUUGCACCAACCUUUGGGUCGGUCCCUGAGCGAGGGCUCUUGUGUAUGCUCUCGUUUGACUAUCAUCUCUGGCUUUUCACCUUUGAAUGUAAGACACAAACACUGUCAGAGCAAAACACAGCCACUGGAACAAAAUCUGCAGCCCGUCCAAAAUCUGCCCAUUUCCCAUAACGAGAGUUUACGGUCAGGAAACCUGAGCUGCGAGUCAAAAAGAGGCAGCAAUGAAGAGGAGGGUGGAGGAUGCACAGUCUCCACCCAGGGCCCUAACGAUUUAAGGACCCCAGAGACAUUACUCACACCAACAGAAAACAAUGGCAGCAAUGUUCUGAAACUGCGGAUGAUCAUGGAGGAGCUGCUGUCCACAGAGAGGGAGUAUGUGAAGGCUCUGGGGUAUGUUCGAGAGCACUACUUCUCUGAGCUGGAGAGGCCCGACGUUCCUCAGGACCUGAGGGGCCAGAGGGGGAGCGUCUUCGGCAACUUAGAAAAACUCCACGACUUCCACCAUCAUCAUUUCCUGAAUGAGUUGGAGAGCUGCGUGAAUGAACCCGUCAGAGCGGGACGCUGUUUCCUACGACAUAGAGAGAGCUUUGCUUUGUAUGCCCUUUACAGCAAGAACAAACCGCAGUCUGAUAGUCUUCUCAUCAAUCAUGGACAGGCUUUCUUCAAGCAAAAGCAGCUGAAGCUGGGCGAUAAGAUGGACCUGUGGUCGUACCUGCUGAAGCCCGUGCAGCGGAUCAGUAAGUACAGUCUGCUGCUGCAGGACAUGAUGAGGGAGUGUGGCCCCGGACAAACCAGAGAGAUGGCCGAGGUUAAGGCUGCCCUGGAGGUCAUCCACUUCCAGCUCCACCACGGCAACAACCUGCUGGCCAUGGACGCCAUCCACCACUGUGACGUAAAUCUGAAGGAGCAGGGGCAGCUGAUACGCCAGGAUGAGUUCUUGGUUACAUUUAGGAAGAAAAAAUGUUUACGCCACAUAUUCCUCUUCCAAGAGCUCAUUCUCUUUAGCAAAACCAGGAAGACGGACGUAGGAAAUGAGACAUAUAUCUACAAACAGUCAUUCAAGACGUCAGAUGUGGGCAUGACCCAAAACAGCGGUGACAGCGGGCUGUGUUUUGAGAUCUGGUUCAGGAAGAGGAAAACCCAGGACACGUACACACUUCAAGCAGUCAGCCGGGAGGUGAAGGAUGCCUGGACCAAGGACCUGGAGCGGAUCCUGUGGGAGCAGGCAAUACACAACAGAGAGGUCCGUAUGCAGGAGAGAGUGUUCAUGGGUAUUGGAAACAAGCCCUUCAUGGACAUCAAGCCCAGUGAUGCAGCUAUCAAUGACAGAGCCGUCAACUAUGUACUGAUGGGAAGAGAAAACAGGGUGUUGUUCUCUAUAGGACAAAGUUCACAGGACAAGCUUUCUGGGGAUCGUCCAAAAUCUGUUGGUUCACGAUGCAGUUCGUCUUCCUCCUCUUCCUCUGGAAGAGGUUCCCUGUCCCCUGUGGGAUACAUGUGUAGGCCAAAGCGGAGGGGGGUUGGUGGGGACCUUGGAGGAUACGUAUCAACUCCUGGAGCUCUGGAAGAGGACGACCUGGACCACGAGAUUGGGAGUCACAACUUAUUGUUGGACAGCUCAGAGUCGUCCGGAGAGAGCGUGAGUGGCUUCAGCAGUUCCAGUCACAGCUACCGCUCUGCUAUUGGAGGAGAGGUGGAGGACACCUCCUUGGUCUCUGCCUCCAUGAUCACUGUUAAGGAGGCAGCGGUUGCUCCCGGGACUGAAGCCUCUGCAGUCUUCCACAAAGCAAAUGCUCUGGCAGGAUCCCCAGAAAAACAACAACCACCAGUUGCCCCCAAGCCAAAGACCACACCACAACACCAGGCCAAGGAUCUGCUCUGUGACAAGGUCCAGAACACUAGUGUUGGAAAAUCCACUGAGGUUUGACCUGUGAUACGCUACAAGAUUUGGAGGCAACCCAAGAAAAGCCGUCUGUUGGUGUCAGCGUUGAAGAUGAAACUAUUCAAACAGACAUCCUUUUACACCAGCUGUUACUGUAAUCCAUUACCACUCUGUAAAUACAUGUUGUUGUUUUAUAAUCUCACCACUAAAACAAUAGGACAGAAAAAUGUCUGUGGCUUCACAUAGUGCACUGUAAAUCAGUCUAGUUUCAUAGCUCAUGCAAAGGUUCAUAGAGUUGCUGUGGUCUUUGAGACGGUGCUUACAUGCUAUUUAUAACAUAAAUAAACUAAACGUUACAGUAGUCAAUGAAUCUGGCUAAAUAAUCCUGGUGAAAUGCUCAGACUUUUAUAAGCAGGCACCAUCCUGAUCCCAGAGCAAUUUGAUAAAAUAUUGUGGAGGUCUGUAAAGAAUUGUGUCACAAAGGCAGUAAAUGCCAUAAUGCCAUCUUUUAUGUCCCAAAGUUACCUAAUCACAACAUAUGUAUGUGUCUUACUUAUUUCCUUGAAAAUAAAACACAUUCACUCUGUCAUUUCUUUUGAAUAACAAUUUUGUAUAAAGUAAUAUUUUACUGGAAUCGAGAUAUGUAACACUUGUAUUGCUUUUUAUUCGAAAUACAGAACAUUUGCAGUGAUGAUGAAUGUUUUGGCCCUUUAUCUGUGUUUUUAUUCGCACCACAACUAUUUAUUUUUGCAAUAACACAUUUCUAAUGUCAAAUAUUAAUUUACAUUUGCUAUAUAGCUCCAUUACUAGCACAAUUGUCAGAUGAGGCAUUGAUAUACCUGAGCAUGUAAUAUAUAAUAUGGAUGUAAUAUAUGCUGGAAUACGUAAUUCUAAUGGAAUUCCUUGAUUAAAUGAAAGUAAAUGAGCCAUCAGAACAUCAUAUCAUCCAAGUUUUCCGAGAGUAUUUCACAUAUAUAAUAACAAAAACACAAAUUGUCUCCAUAAAAUGUAGGAAAUCACAAUAGUAACUUUUAAAAACAUGCAAUGAAGGAAAUUAAAUACUAUAGCCACAAAGCCACAAUUUUCUGCAUCACAGACAUUACCAAGCUACUCACAAUAGUAUUUAAAAAGGAAAUCAUGUACAAAAUUGCUCUUAAAGGGUACCUUCCUUUACGUCCAAGUCCAUCAUUUCUGCAAUAUGGAAAAAGUCACACUUCCAUUUAAAGAUUUUUAUGGAACGUUCUUUGAAAGUACAAGUUUCAAAGAGCCCGCCAGUCUGGAAGUGAGUCCAGGUGAUAAAUGCCACAGUCUCUUGGAAGUAGCCAAGCCUGCCUUGGCGAGGGCAUUCAGCCAUUUCCACUCUGUGGGUUUGGACAGAGUUCAGGCUUUGGUUUCACUUCUGUUAAUCCCUGAAUUCCCUUUCCUGAUAUAAUGCCCAACUCCAGAGCCAGGACUCAUGUUUGCGGUUAAUACCAGUCUGCCCAGAACGCUUCAAACCACAGGGACGGUUUGACAUUUUUACAAUUAUAAUUCAUUAUUCACUUUACUUUUGAUGCAUAAUUGUUACUUAAAAUAUUAUAGUGGAAAAAGGGAAGUUGAUAUUGAGCAGGACAAGUGCUGUAGUUUUUUCUUCUUUCUUCAUGUGCUCAAGAAGGCACAACAAAACUUUAGCAGUGACUUUAGAAGCUGUUUAUACAAUGUCCUUUUGUGCACUUGGGUCUGUAUAUAUACAUAUCCCUCGCCCCUCAUCAUGUAGCCUAUACCAGUGCACAUUUUCUUUGUGGUGCAUCAACUGGGAUUGACAGCUGAAAAGACCUCCAGUACCUGUAACCGCUUCUUAUAAGUAAAUGCUGGUAUAAUUCUAUAUUUCAUUUCAUUGUCAAAAAAUAUAACAGCAGGGGGCUGUAGUUUACAGCAACAGGAGCAAAUAGUUUAAAGAUAUUUACCACAAUGGACUAAUAAGUACUCGUGAAUAUUCAUGACCGCAUUUAUGACUGUGUGGGUUUUAAUAAGCUUCCAUGUUCAUGUGAUGGAACAUGUCAACCGCUCAUUUAUGCGUUUUGAUUAUAGUUUUUGGACAACAUUGGAUGUCUGUGGCGCUCAUGAAUAAACUAUACAGACUUUGAAUACACAGAUGCUCAUUAGUAGGAUCAAUAAGCCUACUUUAUCUUUUCAUGUGUUUGGUUGAUGACAAAAAUAUAGUAUAUAAAAAUACAGAAUAUCGCCAGACUCACCUUUUAAUUAUUGGACAAUCCAGUGAAACUAUAACAUAACAGUGGACGACUGGUUCAAAUUAACUG